GAGAGCUGCGUGCUGAGGACGGUUUGGUCCCGAGCGGCAGGCACGUGGCAGUACCGGUAGCGCCAGAACCAGAGUGUCAGUUACAGGCGCCAGUUGGGUCUGCCCUCUGGGGGCCUGCAGACGCCAGGGACCUCCAGCCGACCUGCCUCCCCAUCUACCCGCCGACUCGCCGGUCGGGUGCGGGUUCCUGCGCGCCCAAAGGUCCUGGGAAGACGUGCCCGGGAGUCUGGGUGCCCUCGGGCCCUUGUCUGCGGCUCCCGGCUCUGGGAAGGGGCUAAGGCCACGGUGUUCUCUGACUGUUCUCCCGGGAAGAAUCCGCGCCCUCCCUACCCCAACCGUCACUCCAGCUCUGGAGGCCUAUACUCCGAAAGGUGCUAGAAACAAAGCCUGUGAGUGUGAUCUGGGACUCCAGAGCCCCUCACCCACUACCACCAUGGAAGGACAAGGUGCCAAAGGGAUGCUGGGCUAGCUCUACGCCUCAUUCGUGCAAGCCCUCCGAGAAGUCACGUCCUCCCUGGAGACUGCCACGUGGCCGGCGAGCCCCCCCACACCUGUUACCCUCGUCACAACGGCUUUCCCUCCGGCUCAUCUGGAGCUAAGGGCCUCCGCUGGUGCACUCUGCUCACCAGGAAGCCACCAUCUUUGCCCCGACCCUCCUCGUCUGACCUGCCUGACUGCUGGAGCCUCAGUGCUGCGGUUUUAUGCUCAUCUUCCUGGUGAUCGAGUACCAGCCAACAACAGAAAUAUCCAAGGUGGGCCGAGGCCAUUGGCUUCUUCAUAGCUCUGUCCUCUGUGGUGGGCAUUCCACUCUACGCCCUGUUCCACUGCUGGAGGACAGAUGGGGACACCCUUCUCCAAGUGAAUCAGAAGGGGGUGGAUGGAUGGAUGGCACUCCAGGGCUCCCUUCUGAUGCACUCUGCCCGCCCAUCCCUUCUCAUGCCUACCUCUCCUGCAGCAUUUGAAAAACUCAACAAAGCUGAGUGGAGACUGGGGUCCCGCACUCUUGGAGCACCGAACAGGGCGCUAUGCCCCCACUAUUCCAUGCUCCCCUGAAGAUGGGCUUGAGUCCCAGCCGCUGUCCCUGGACAACACCCAGAUUACUGGGCAGUAAUGACUCCAGCCGUCUGCAGGACUCCCAGAUCGCGGCCCUGGAACAAGCCAUCAGAGACGCCCACGAGUGUGAUGAUGGCGAGAUUCAGCUCUACAACGAGCAGAUCGACACCCUGCGGAAGGAGACCAAAGAGGCAGAGAGUAGCCUGGAGAGGUCAUCCUAUGACUGCCGGCAGCUGGUGGUCGCCCAGCAGACCCUGAGGAAUGAGUUGGACUGGUAUCUUCGCAUCGAGAAUACAGGCAACAGAUCUUACCAGAGAUGUGCAGGAUAUAACUGCAGUGAAACCAAGACUCAAAGGCCUCCCCAAGAACCUUCCGAGGAAAAAGGAGAUGGUAGCGAAAGAUAGAGCAGAUGAAAUUCUGGAAGAGACACCACUGAGAGGCCCAGAGGACACAAAGCCGGGGCGGGUGGUGCUCAAAGAAGAAGGCAAGUCUAAGCUUGAACCGGGGGAUGAAGAAGCAAGUCCCCCGACCUAGGAAGGGGCUCUGGAGGAUGUCCCAGAUGGAGACAAGAUAAGCAAAGACUUUGAGAAACUAGGCAAGAUGAUCAAGGAGGUGAAAGGCCCCAAAGAACCCGAGCCCCCCGCCGACCUGUACACCAAAAGGCGGCACAUGACAGUCUCUGGAGACGCCAGUCUCGUGGGUCCUGGCUUCUGUGUCUUCUCCAUCCCAGCAAAAGGGGCAUGGUGGCUUCUAAGGGGGAGACUCUGUGCGUCCUGACAGCGGCAUGGAGCCCUCUCCCCAGCAGCCUGAGAACCCUCUGGAGGAUGGAGAGGGUUCCCCCAAGGGAAAGAAGACAGUCUGAAGGAGGAAGGGGGGCCCCCAGGGGGAAGAAGACGGU